AUGGUUACCAACAACCUCAUCCCGGAUAUGAUGCCCGCCCACUGCUGGUCUCAUCCCAUACACUCGGUGCCGCUCCGACGGGGCCAGGGCACUCACGGCACCGUUUUACCACAUCGCUCGACCCCAACACCUCAUGGCCCCAACGGUGGUAGGGCGUCUGUCGUACUUGAAUCAACCUCGUCUGGGAUGCGAAGGCAGAGUCUAGCCACACCAGCGCCGUCCUCCACAUGCAACGCCAAUCCGAUGAAAAAGAAAUCAGCAGGAUCAAAUGAAGCCUCCAGUGGGCUGCUUAACGGGGAGGAGGAUGACCAAGUCCUCGGCCCUGGUCCGCUUACAACGACCGCUGCCGCUUCCACGCCCCAGAAACCGAUUCGCCGCCGAAUGCGCAUGAUUACCUCCUGCCUCGAAUGUCGACGACGCAAGCUCAAGUGCGAAAAGAAACAUCCGUGCCACAAUUGCAAAAGGUUUCAGAGGGAAUGUGUCUACCUAGGCCCUAAUCUUGAUGAGGCUAGCCAGCAACGCUUGACCGAGAUCAAGGAAAAGGUUGGCUCGCUCGAAAGACAACUGGAGCGUGAUGUGGCUAAGGGAGCAACCACCCGCCGCAGUGGCAGUGGGAGCCCCGACGACGGCUCCGACCCCCAUCAUCAGCGGUUUGUGGCAGAUGAUGUCGAGAACGACCUCGGCGAGGAGCGAGAGCUGCAGAUUACCCCGAUGGUGGCUCUCGACCUCACCUACGACGACUAUUCCGACGGCAACGGAACCGACGAUCUCAUUGACCUCGGCAUCCGCGUUGGAAAGAUGAGAAUAACGGAGCGGAUUGGCGGGCUAAACAGACCGCGCAUAUCGGAAGAGAUUCAAGCCGGGAUAGCCGAUACCCAGAAUCAACUGUACGGCACACAAAGCGCCUUCGUGGCCAGCGGUGGGCUACAAGACGUCCCUGAUAUCCCAGAUUUCCUCAAGCCCGGAGAUUCAUAUCUUGCUCCAACUAGCGGCUUCUUUUUUGGUCAGUUUACCGAGUCGCCGACUUUGCUUGGCCUGCUGCCGCCCAUUGAAUUGGGCCACCGGUUGAUGCACCGCUACCUUGAGGCCGUCCACCCUAUCGCACGAUGCGUUCACCGAUCCUCCUUUGAGGCGAUUUACACGUCGUUUUGGGAGGAGGUUAGGCAGGGCAUCGAGCCUCGUGCCUCGGUACAAGCCGUUGUCUUCGCGGCCUGGUUCAGCGCUGCUGUUAGUGUGGACGACAGUUUUUGCCGGGGCCAGGACUGCAGCAAAGCCCAGCUAGUACUGCACAUGAAGAUUGGGACCGAAACUGCUUUGAGCAAGGCCAACUUCCUAAGCACGACCAGGUUCGAGACUCUGCAGGGCUUUGUCAUGUAUCUGCUGUGUUUUCUUGAUGUCCGCACAUGCGAGGCCCAAGGGCCAAAACCGGCGAUACGGCGCGAGGACUACGACACCAAGAUGCCCUUCAAUUGCGAAGAGGACCAACUGACGCCGCAGGCGGCGGUCUGGCCGGCACCGGCAGAAGCGUGGACCUCAAUGCUCCUGCCGAUCAUGCGGUCUGAGAUCAACGAGAUGAUGCGCAACAUCUGGACAGACCGGCGCAAGCUGGAAAACCGGAAGACGACGUUGACUGCCAUGCUCACCCGUGUUGAGAACUUCCGGAAGCGGAUGCUAGAGAAGUACAGCCGGCAACUUGACGACCGGGUACCAAUACAAAUGUACGCCCGGCUUGUGAUGGAGCUGCUUAUUUUCCGGCUCCAUGUCAUGGUGCUACACCCUUAUCACUCCAACGCGGCAGACCCUCUACCCGAGAAGCUGAGCGGUUUGCUGGUCACCAGCGGCGUUAUGAUCAUCGAAAUUGCCAUCCGCCUGGAGACGAAUCCCAUGUUUCGAGAUUGGGCGUGGUAUCUCGGGGCCUACCAGCAAUAUCAGAUCGCACUGCUGCUCGCGACCGAAGUGUUCUACCGGCCCAACCACCGGGCAGCCGAACGCAUAUGGCCCUGCCUCGACUGGGUGUUCCAGCUUGACCCGAACGUGCCGCGGGAGCAAAAGAGUUUGCAGAUAUUGACCGAGAUCAUGAGCAAGACGAACCUCUACAUGAGUCUCCGCAAGGUCCGCGCCCCGACAACCAUCAACAAGGCAGUGCCCGGAAAGAAAGCUGUCAAAGAAUCUCCGCCGCCGCCGCCGCCGCUCCCGGAGCACCCACCUCUUCAAACACAAUCUCAAGGGCACCCUUACCCACCCGCCUCGCAACCCCGCCAUUCUGCGGCUGAGGCCGUCCCCGUGCUCAAGACAGAACACAUUACUUGUCCUCCUCCCUUGUCGUCGUCUCCGUCCGGGCCUAUAAACAGCACCUUUGUCCCCAAUACGUUGCCGCCGUCUUCGUUUUCCAUGGACAUGAUGCUUCCGCCUCAGCCACAACUGCAGGACCCACGUCAGCACCACUACCAACAGCAGCAUCAACAUCAGCAUCAACACCAGCAACACCAGCACCAACACCAAAAUCAACAAUACCAGCAUCAGCACCAGCAGCAUCAGCCGCUCGACUUUCCACCACCGAAUCAUCAUCAUAUGGUCUUCACGGGUGUGACCAACGGCGAGGCCCUCUGGGGUUUGCCACCGCAGAACGCCGGCGCAGGGAGCCCCGAGAAUAGCAGCGACGGUGGGAGCGUGGCCGGCCAGCAGCGGCACGGAAGCUUCGCCGGCCCGGUGGGGCACCCGAUGGGACAGCCGCCGGUGAUUAAUGUAAUGCAGGACCUUGACUGGGUGAGCUUUCCCGUUCUCCCUUUAAAACCCAUGUGUCAUGAGCGAAAGGAGGGCUAA